UUCCCCACUGAAAUUUACCCCCCAAAAAACAAAGAAGGGGAGAUUUUUAAGCCCGACAGGUCUCUGUCAAAGAAUCAAGAGCACAAUAAACCUCUUCUUCUUCGAACUACAAAAUCUGUACCCCGAGAACAACAUUCAUCAUCUAUUCCUCCACUUCUAUCGCGGCAAUCCUCAUUCACGUCUCUCGCAGCAAUCCUCCGUCAUUCACGUAACUACAAAAUCUCUCUCGCACUCUCUAUCUUUAACAAUUUAAUUAUCAAAUAAGACACCGUUCAACCCCUCUCCAAUAUCGAAUAUCAUGGCCAUUGUGCCGGAAUUCGGGCCGAGACUCCAUAAAUGGUGGUAGAAAUUGGCUCCUAUGGGCGACUCCUCUGCUGAUCGAGGAAGGGAUUUUAUUUGCGGCUUAUAGGGAGAUAAGAGAGCAGGGGAGAGAGGAGAAGGGGUUGAAGUUUUUUUCAGUCCCCCUCUCCUCCUUUCACUCACCUGAAGCGGAAGCUUUCGCCGUUAUUACUUCUCGAUGAUGGCCGUGCGAUUACCGUUGCUCGGCCUUAUUUGCGUCCCUAUUUUGCACCUAAUUUUGCACAUUAAUUUUGUCCGCUCAAAGUGAGGUACGGGUGAACCAUUUCCGGGGGCGUUCCUGUUUGAGGGGCUCGUCCAGACGGGAGGGGCUCGUCCAGACGGGAGGGACUCAAGGUUGAGUUCGAAGAAGGAGAAAUCAGAAGAAAUAGGGUGGAGCAAACGAGGGAUUGUUCGCUAUUUGCUAAGCUGAGUUCACUAAAAUGGUUCAGUGGUAGUCAAUGAUUUGGGAGUUAUAGAAGAAAUACAUCGCAAAUUUUUCAUUAAACUGUGUUGUAUAUCGAAAUUCAUAAUGGACGAUGGGGAUCAAGACUACAUUUUCUUUGGGACCCCUAUUGAGAGGGAGGAGGAGCUUUCUGGUCGGAAAAGGAAGAUGGCUGCUGAGGCUGGACAAAUGCGUAGCCUUCCUCCUUGGAAGCAAGAGGUUAGAGAUGAUGAAGGACGUAAAAGAUUCCAUGGAGCUUUCACUGGAGGAUUUUCGGCUGGAUACUACAACACUGUGGGUUCGAAGGAGGGUUGGACUCCUCAGACAUUCACAUCUUCUCGUAAAAAUAGAGCAGAAAUGAAAGAGCAAACCAUAUACAACUUCUUAGAUGACGAUGAGAAAGUGGAACUGGAGGGUCGUUCAUUGGGUAUGACAUCACAAUUUGAUACAUUUGGAUUUACAACUGCAGAAGUUGCACGCAAACAAGUAGAGAAGGAGCAGCAAAAGAGGCCUUCAGCUAUCCCAGGACCUGUUCCAGAUGAAAUAGUUGUACCAGCUCCCAAUUCGAUUGGCAUAAAAUUAUUGCUGAAGAUGGGAUGGCGACAUGGACGCUCAAUUGGUGCUGGACCCACCAAUUUACAUGAUACUCGUAGAGAAGCUAGGAAAGCAUUCCUUGCAUUUUCGUGCAAUGAGGAAAGGUCUCGGCAUAUGGAAAGUAGACCUAAUGAGCAUGGUUAUUUGGAUUCCGAAGAAACCAUUCCUGCUGCUGCUGCUGAGCCCUCGAUCUGUCAAAGCACACCAGAAUUUGUUCGCCAUCCAAAGCGUGAUAUCCACGGACUGGGUUAUGAUCCUUACAAACAUGCGCCGGAAUUUAGAGAAAGUAAAAGACUGCGUGGACGAGACACUACUAAUGUAAUGAGAAGUAAAGGAGCUGGUGUAACUGAGAAUAUUUUUGGUUCCAGAAGUAGAAAAAUUGCCCCUGGUAUUGGAAUUGGAGCACUUGAGGAGCUGGAUGUAGAAGAUGAGGAUAUAUAUGCCUCUGGAUUUGAUUUUGAAGAAACUCCUAUAGAAGUUGAAGAGCCAAUGAAGUCCACCAAGGAAAAGAAGCAAUCUGUGAACAAGAAAGAUGUUACCAUUCCUGGAUUCCGUCUUGCAUCAGUCACAAACUUUCAACCAGAAAGAUUCCUGCCACCUGUUGUUCCCAGUGAUUUUGAACCACAUCACAAGUUUCCCGUGCAAUUGGAAGGAGACCUUAACAUAAGUGAUGCACCCCCUCUAGAGGUUCCUCCACCUGAAGACAACGAAUUGAAAAGAAUGAUUGAUGGCAUGGCCACUCUUGUUGCACGAUGUGGCAGAGCAUUUGAAUAUCUCUCCAGAGAAAGGAACGAAGGAAACCCAUUAUUCUCUUUCCUAUGUGGGGGAGACAGCGAAGAAUAUUACAGAAGGAGAUUAUGGGAAGAACAAAGAAAACAUUCUGAUCAAUUGAAGUUGCCCCUACAGAAAAAAUCAACAACCACCCAAAAGAUGUCAGCAGAAAGUCGGGGAAGACUUCUUGGUGAAAGGCCUUUGGAGAGAGGGUCUGACUCUUCAAAUGUGUCUGUCCCUGCUGCUGAUGUAGUUCGUAUUCAGUCUAUAUUGUCAGAUACAUUCACCAAACCUGCAUCUUUGCUUGAAGUUGCUCAAACUGAAAAGCCAUUUAAGAAUGAUCCUGCCAAGCAAGAGAGAUUCGAGCAAUUCCUCAAGGACAAGUAUCACGGUGGCCUUCGGUCUACUAAUUCUGGUGGUAUGUCUGAAUUGCAUCGUGCUCAGGAGAGACUGGACUUUGAGGCUGCAGCUGAGACCAUUGAAAAAGGUGGAUUGAAGAAAGUGACAGCUGAUCAGUUAACAGAUUCUUCAUUUAAUGCUGGAACACGUUUCACCUCUGGUGGUAUAGAAAAAUUGGACAUCCAGCGGCAUAAACCUAAUCAAGAUGAGAGAACAGGAAACAGAUCAUGUCCUAAACGGGAAGAGUAUCAGUGGAGACCUGCACCAAUUUUGUGCAAGCGCUUUGAUCUACUUGAUCCAUUUGCUGGAAAGCCACCUCCCUUGCCCAGAAUAAGAAGCAAAAUGGACUCAUUCAUCUUAAUAUCUCAUCCUGUCCAUGACAUAAAAGAUACAGCACCUGCUGCUAGUAAAAAUCCACCUUCUGAAAUUCUGCCAGAAUUCUCUGAAACUAAUGAGCCAGCCCAGGAGACAGCUCCUGAACCCAAUGUUUCAACUGUACAAAAGCCUGUUGAUCUGUAUAAGGCUAUAUUCUCUGAUGAUUCAGAUGAUGAAAACAAUGACUCCAGUGUCAGUCAAAUUGAUAGUAAGAAGACAGAAGUAGUUAAUACCACUCUGAAUCGGUUAAUUGCAGGAGAUUUUCUGGAGUCCUUGGGCAAAGAGCUUGGCUUGGAAGUUCCCCGUGGUUCAUUUGACUCCAUGCCAAACAACAAUGUAGUGGCUUCUGGAAAAGAACACAAAGGUCUGGCUGAUGUUCGGAGUUUAUCAGAGCAUGAUGGAUCUAUGAGACCUGGCAGUAAAAUUACACCAUCAGCCACUAUGGAAAUUGUGAAACAGCAGGAAAAUGUUGCAGGAAUCAGAACAGUCACAUCUUCCGGUGAUAUAUGUGAACUACAACCUCCCACGAUUUCUCAGUCAAGUAAGAGUCAUGCCAUUGAGAGUGGAAACUCCAGAGAUAUGAAUCUGAAUAAGUCUUUGGACUGUGACAAAUCCUCUUGUAAGUUUUUCGAGCACUUCAUUUUCAAAAGUGAAAAAGAGAAAAGGAAAACAAGAGAUAAUAAGAGUCGAGGUCAUAAACGCCAUGGGCAAAGAAGUUGUACAUCUGACACUGACUCCUCAGAUUGUGAAGACCAAAGAGAUCAAUCAAGUUCCGAAACAAAGAGGGAAAAAAAAGGCCAUGGCAAGAGAAGAAAGCAUUCAAAGAACCGGAAGAAGAGAAGAAAAACAUCACGUAGUAGCUCUCCUAGUUCUGAUGCCGAAUGGGUGCACACAGAAUACAAACGUGACAAAAUAAGUGGGAGGCAAGGCACGGAAAUAAUUUCUUCUCCAUCUGAUCGUCACUCGAAGUAUUAUCAUGACGAUCAACACAAGGAAAAGCAAAGCAGGAAAAAGGUUUGGUUUAUCCAGAUCCUCAAGACAAUAAUCUUCUUGUCAUACAGACACUGGAUUUGCCGACCUGUUUAUUGGGAUGCCAUGUAUGCAUCAUUCUAAUAACCGAUGUUUCUCCUAUCCUCCCCAACUCUAUGAUUCCUCAUUGCAAGCAAUAUUAUUUAAUAUAGAAUUAAAAUGUUGUAAGGACUGACUGCUAGUUUUCUAUGAAGCUAGAACAACACAAACAAUGUGAAGAUCCAUAGGAGCCCCAAGCUUUGGAAUUUUGUAAUGUGUUUGCAUUUUUAUUCGAGUAUAACUCCACAUGUACGCGGUUAUGAUUUAAACCAGGCCUUCACUCUUUUCCAAUGGAGUGACACUCAAAUGAAAAAUGUAUAGCUUUUUUUUUUUAA